AUGACUGACGAAAACAAUUACAUAGUCCCUGGCAAUUUUGUUGGUCAGUUGCCGACUUUGAAUACCAUUCCAUUAAAAGUGCAAAAAUCCUACCACCAUAUCACCCCUUUGAAGCAAUUGGAUCCUCACAACCAUUCAAAUGUUCCUUCCUUUUUGAAAUAUGAUCAAUUUUUGAUUGCAGAUUCAAUCAAGAAACCUUUAAGUGACGCGCCAAAUGAUGAUUCGAGACUCACUGAUUCUCCUAUAAAUAAAGAGUUGAGUUUUGCUAAGAAUCAUCUUAAUGAAAUAAGUGAAAAUCAAGACGCUUUUGGUAGCUAUGAAAGUGAAGACGAUAACGAGGUAUUCUAUGAAAGUUCUCCUGUUCUACCUAAUGAUCAGCUUCAUCCCGUUUCUUCAGAUAGCGAGUAUUACCCAACUUUAUUAUCAGAGACACUAAAACCUACCGUCAAAGUUUAUAUUGACCCUCACAUGACUAAGCCUUUACCUCAAUCAAUUGACUUGAAAUUUGAUAUUCAUGAUUCAGAGUUGCUUCUUGACCCCUUGGUUGCAUACGCUCCUUUCAGUGACCUCAAUGAAGAAAGUGAUGAAAUGAAAUUAUUAAAUGUUUUACAAUUGGAAAUAGAAAACUUUGAGGAAGAACCUAAAGCUUUUAGUUGGUUGGAUUGCAUUAAUUUAAGUUAUUAUAACUUACGCUGUAUGAUUUUCGGAAUGUCAGAUGAUGAAUAUUUCGAAAAAUAUCCAUGGGCAAAGUUCUUCCACGAGGAAGAAUCAGAAGAAGGAGAAGAGGAGGAGAAAGAAGAGGGAGAUGAAUACUACAAUGAUAGUGAACAAGAUUAA